AUGACAAACAAGUUCCAUGUUCGCUCAAAUAGUUUUCCAUGUGGAUCUCAUCCUAGCACCAUUAGAGUAGAGGAGGAGCUAACCAAGCUCAAAACUCGGGAAGCCACAUCCACAUCCACUCCAAAUUCAAUUGCCACAGGCUUGUCUUUUCUUGAAGAUUUGUAUAUUUGCCUAGAAGAUCAUCUCAAUGUGGCAUCAACCCAAAAAGUGAUUUUUCACCAUCAAGGUGAGAACUUCGUAGAAGAGUUGUUGGAUGGUUCAGUGAGAAUUUUGGAUAUCUGUGGCAACACAAGGGACACCAUGUUACAAAUUAAGGAAAAUGUUCAAGCCCAUCAUUCUACUCUUCGUAGGAGAAAAGGAGAUUCAUGUAUUGAAAAAAGUGUAGCUGAAUAUAAUUUCUUCACAAAAAUGAUGAAGAAGAAUGUUACGAAAUUGAUCACAUGUUUAAAGCAGAUGGAAAGUAAAUUUGGAGUAUCUCCAAUAUUGAAUCAAGAUGAAGACCAUGUUGCUGUGAUAAGAGUUCUUAGGGAGGUCAUUGUAAUGAUCAUGUCUGUCUUCCAAUCCCUUUUGACUUUCUUGGCUGGGCCUGCUUCAAAGUCAAAGGCAUUGAAAUCGUUGGUGAUUGGAAAAUUGAUGCAUAAGGGGGUAAUAUCAUGUGAAGAGAAGCAAGAGAAUUUCAAUGAAUUGCAGUGUGUGGAAGCAUCUUUAAGCACCCUUCUAAGUGAAAGUACUAAUGUUGAGAAGUUGCAGGUUGCACAUGAAAGAUUGAAGGCUUUUGAGAAUGCCACUGAAAGCCUAGAAAAUGGCUUGGAGAACAUAUUUAGGCGACUAGUCAAAAUAAGAGCCAAACUUUUGAGCAUGAUGAUUCCAUAA